CUGGAGAGGGACAGGAUGGCAAAGAUGACGGCGUCGGUGCUGCUGCUGUCGGCUCUGCUGGCUCUGUCCUCUGCCAGUCUGCAGGACAUCGUGAAGAAGAGCGUCCAGCACCGAAAAGUAUCCCUGCUGGACCCGGCGCUGGAGGACCAGGUCCCGGAGCAGACCGGCAGCGGGGUCGUGUCGGCCCCCCUGACCCCCCCAGACCUGGAGCAGCAGCAGGACCUGCCUUCCUCCUUCCUCUUCGGGGAUAACGUGAACCUGGAGUGGCUGACGUGGAACGGCUCCCUACCCAACGGCGCCGUGUCCAUCUACAACGGCUACACGGAGCGCAACGACCACGUCUGCAAGUACAAGUGUGAGGCUGGCUUCUACAACCCCGCCCUGGGCCCUUACUGCCGCUACCCCUACGGAGACCGCGAGUACUACGCCCCCGAGUUCCAGAUCCUGGCCAACAAGGACAACUUUGAGUUCCUGGAGUGGAAAGACGGUUCCUACGGGUCGGUGCCGCAGCACUCGGUCCGGACCUGCCCGGGCGUCGGCAUCUACGUCGGGAAGAACAAGUACGGCCUCGGGAAGGUGGUUCCCCAGUUCGAGGCGUUCUUCCUGCCCUGGGAGGGCGAUGAGUACUGGUACAAGAGGUACCAGGUCCUGGCCGUCAACAGGGACGCCUACAGCCAGCACAUCAGCGACGUCAAGUACGCCAUCGACGACGUCGCCAUCUUCCAGUACCCGCCCGAGACCAUGCGCAUCUCCGGCAUCACCAACAACGAGUGCCAGGCCGUGGUGAAGACGGUAACCAUCUCCAAGACCUCGGAGACGGAGACCACCUGGAACAUCGGCCGGGCCACCAUGCUGGGCAUCACCGGCAGCAUCACCGCCAAGAUCCCCCUCAUCGGCUCGGGGGGCAUCGAGCUCACCGGCGAGAAGACGCUCCAGUUCUCCCGGGGAACCACCAUGGUGGAAGCAAUCAGCCACUCUGUGUCCGUGGAGCUCACCGUCCCGCCCAACUACUCCUGCAAGGUCCGCAUGGAGGGACGCAAGAUCAAGGCCGACAUCCCCUACACGGCCCGUCUCAGCCGGACCUACCGCGACGGCGAGACCCAGUGGACGUCCAUCUCGGGGACGUACGACGGAGUCCAGAUCGGGGAGGUCCGGGCCGUGGUGGACCGCUGUGAGCCCGUGGCCGACGCCAAACCUUGCCCCUGAAAGACUGACGUAGGAUUUCUGCAAAGAAUUUCUGUGAAUAUCGAAGUAAAUGACAUCACAAUAAAGAUGCUGCGUGCCAACCAGCGCUUGUUUGGGCUUUGAAUGUUGAAUAAACUUCCUUUUUCACUUUA